AUGAUUGAACUUGAAACUCUUUACACAGAAAAGCAGGGAGAUGUGGAAAUCGGAUUGCAAGAACGAAAUGGACAGCUGGAAGUGGAUAUUAUUCAAGCCCGAGGAUUGACCCCAAAGCCUGGCUCUAAAACCCUUCCAGCGGCAUACAUCAAGGCCUAUCUCCUAGAAAAUGGGGUUUGCAUUGCAAAGAAGAAAACUAAAGUGGCUCGCAAGUCUUUAGACCCCCUGUACAAUCAAGUGUUACUUUUCCCAGAGAGCCCGCAAGGUAAAGUACUUCAGGUGAUCGUCUGGGGAAACUAUGGGCGCAUGGAACGCAAGCACUUCAUGGGUGUUGCUCGGGUCCUCUUGGAAGAACUGGAUUUGUCCACUCUGGCAGUUGGUUGGUAUAAGCUUUUCCCAACCUCUUCAAUGGUGGAUCCUACUACUGCUCCCCUCCUGCGCCAGUCCUCACAGCUUUCCCUAGAGAGUACAGUAGGACCUUGUUGUGACAGAUCUUAAUGAGCAAGGAAGUACUAAGGGUACUGAUUCUAUUUUUAAGAUCAUGAUCUCAAGGUUUUGUUUGCCUGAACGCUGUCCUCAAGUGCAUUGCAUCUUCAAUCAGUCCCUGGGGGAGUCUGAAGGUGAGGAUAGCCAAGUAACCUUGAUGAAAUCAAAAUGGAGGCCACUGACCUUUCUCCAUCCAAGUAGGAGGAGCUGUGGGGCACAAGUCCUAAUUAUGAAAUGAUGCUGAUAAGACACACUUUUCGGUUUUUCAUUUAUUCACUGUCAUCUACACAUCUUCAGAUCAAUGUAACAUCUUGAAAUGUUGCAACCAUUUAUUCUCAUUGGGGAAGAUGUUCUUUUUUAAUACUAUUUUACAAAUUUGAAAAUAAAAUGAACUUUGGCUAUUCUUAAUUAUUCAAAGCAAACAUCUGACCUAAAUAACAGCAGUUUCAGGGAAACUUUAUGGAGUUUGUAAAUGUUCUUUUUCCUUUUUAAAGAAUGGGGAGGAGGGAGAAAGAACUGCAAUUAUUUCUUAGAGCAAGUUGCAUUUAAGGUACAAGUACCAUUGCUGUAUUUUUUUUAAUACUGUGCCAAAUUACCAGCAGUGUCUUCUACUACUAUAGGACUUAGGUCAACAAUACUGCUGAAGAAUUAUUUUGUGGGAAGAACUAGAAAUGUUCUAGGUCACUCAGUUGCAACACAGAACAUAGCAAACCACAUAACUGGAACACUGCACAAAAAUUACAAAUUGGAAAAUUUGUAGCGAUUAGGUUUAUUAUUGGAUAUGAACAUUGUCAGCACACAAAGACACACACCAUACGUUACCUCAGCUUUUGCUGUGCUUUUUCUCGUUGUGUCUUCUUAUUCCCAAAUUCUAGCCAUGCUUUGGAUUUUUAGUGCAUAUCUUUUGAUGUAGAAUAGGGUUUGGUUUCAAGGACAAUAAUUUAUUCCACUAUUGCAAAUAAAAUUACAAUAUAAAGGUUUGCUUUAUUUAAGGGGAAGAUACAAGAAGGUGACAUUCCAUUCAUCAUCUGAGAGACAUGUGCAAAAGGUCUUGGGAAGCUACAUUUAACAGAAGGAAAUUUUAUUUGAUCUACCAGUGUUGCGAGGCAACCUGGAAAAAGAAGAGGAAAAGUUGGAUUUUUUUCAAAGUUCAGUUGCAGGAAGUAGAAAAGGCAUUUUCACAAGUGACUCUAAAAGCAUCAUGAGGUCUUUGAAAUUAUUUGUGUUCAUAUGUGAGUUAUUAUAAUGCACUUUUGAAUUAAUGAGCGCAGGGAAUAAUUAAAAUUGGCAUUUUGGCUUUCAUGUGGCUUUGUAUGCUUGUACAUAUAGCUAAUCUAUGAGUGAACAUGCCCUACUCGUAUUAUAUUCUUGAUUCCUCCAUGCAUCAUUAUACAAUUGUACAUGUUCCAGAAGCAGCAAAUAAGAAUAUGGCUUCUACUGUGCUAGAUAUAUUGAUAUACAUCUAGUAUAAAAAGAAGGUUUAUUUUUUAGCAGAGUUAGCUUUGAAUCAGCAGAAGAGGUGGAACUGUCACUGAAGGUUUGCAGAUGGAAUAAUGACUUUCUAACAAGUCACUUGUGAAAAUGCUCUAGUUGUUGCAAAUUACCUUUGGGAGAAUUUGAAACUAUAAUAAUAAUAAUAAUGUAAAUAUUUUAAAUUAGCCAAUAAAAAGGUUAGCUAUAUAUACACAUAUAUAAUAUAUGGCUAGACAACAAAUUUCAAGAACAGUUGGUGGUGGAUACUUUAAUCUCUACACUAGAUUUCCUGGGCAUUGUUCUAACUGAAGGCAGUAGAAUUGCCUCUCCAAUCUGGUCCUCACCAAAUGUUUAAUUACAAGGCCCUAAUUCCCAGGCAGCAUGAUGGAUGUCCAUAUUUGGCUGGGAAUUCUGGGAUUUAUACCCCAACACAUCUAGAAGUUAACAUUCAUAAGAAGACUGCAUUAGAGACAGCUGUUUUAAACAGUGUUUCAUGCCAGGAUUAGAAAUUCUAUCUAGAUGUUAUUAUAUUCCUUUUAGUUUCUACUCUAAUGAUUGCUAUGUUUUUCUGUUAGAAUGGCAACGGUUGUCUUCAUUUCACAAGUCAAGAUUCCAAACUAUGUAUUAAUAUUUUGGAGCCAACUGAAAAUGGCUUCCUAACCUGUUAUUACAGCACAAAGUAGUAAUCAGGGGACACAAAAAAAGCAUGGCUAAAGCAUGACUAUAGGGAUACCCAUAGAAUGAAAUCUAGACAGUUGUAUGUUAUAUGUAGCAUUUUAAUGGUUUGUAAAAUAACAAUCAAAUGUUGAUCGCAAAAUCAAUAGGUCUAGUAUGAACUCUGCUAGGAAUAAUCUAAUAUAGAUAAUAGAAUACAAGAAUGAUGUUAAUUUUAAGCAUUUACAAUCAUAAAACCUCCAGAGUUUCAAUCUGAUUGUCUAAAACUAUUUUAUUUAUGUGCUUUCCAGAGAAUUUCUUUCAACAUUCAUAUCAGAGAAUUUCUGUGUAUAGACUGAAGGAAGAUAGUUGCAGUAUAGACACUGGUCAAAGUAUGUUAUGACUCUUUAAGUUUAUUUUUUUAAAAACCUUAUACUUCAAGUUGGUAUAUAUUCAUACUUAUGUAUAGUAAUUAUUAGGCAAUAUUGUACAAUAUCUGUAUGAAUUAGAAUAGUUUAGGUUAGAUUUAAUAGUUGGUAGCCAAUCUAACAAUCUUGUUGUUUAGAAGAACUAUAGGAAACUGAUGCAUUUCAGGAUUGGGAACUGAAAGGCAGAUGUUCAUGUUUUAUAAAUUCAGAAGAUGUUUUGGUUAUUUAAACUUAUAAAUCUGAUCGUAUUUUGUAUGUGUUCUGCAAUCAGCUGCCAAUUUUUACUGCAAAUUUAAAUAUCUUUUAUUCUUAUAUUCCCGGGAUAAUUAUAACAAAAUAAAAAAAAGACAACAAAAACUGCAUCAGAAAAAAAAACCAAGGAUUCCAGUAAGAGAUUGUAUUAAAUAUAGCAAAAUAGAAUAGAAUAUUAACAUGAUUAAAAUUCACUUCUUAAUAGACUAAAGCCCUGGGAGCAUAAAAAAGAGUUUUGCAUGCCUAGGGCAAAAACCAUUGAUAAAAAGUUGAGUGGACAAAGAUGAUAAAGUUUUCAGUAAGUUCUCAUCCUCUGAGAAAUUCUGCCUAAAGCUAUCUUGAUUGAGAAGUAUACAUUAUGGCAUAUGAUUUAAUAUAUGUAAAUGUACACCCUGCAUUUGCAAAUAGGCAAUGAAAUAUAAAGCUAACAUACAUUUGUGAUUUAAAUAUUUACUUACUGUAAUAUACAGCUAUCUGACUUGGAAGGUUGCAAACAAUAAUUAAUAUGCAAAAUUGUUCAGCAAAGUACCAAAAGUAGUAGAAUACCAUCUGCAUUGAAAUAUUUCUGUUAAUUCAAGUCAUCUCAGUAUUGGCUUUACGAUCAGGUUAAAAGCUGGUUCCAAGCCUGCUGAAUAAAUCACUGUUGUAAAGUGAGAUAUAAAUUGCUAUUUGAUCUAGAAUAAUUUCGAAUACGUUAUUAAACCAUAUGCAUAAUGCACAUAGUGAUUGUUUUUAAAUGAAGAAUUGAAAAUUGAUUUAUUGAAAUUCAGGUUUUAUGCUCUUUGUAAGCAUGCGAUUCCAUUAAUUGGUCUGUAUACAAAUUAUUUACAAAUUAAUUGAAAUUUGUUGAAAUAGCAGUCAAGGUUACUAACUCCUCUGUAAAGUUACGUCAGUGAUAGUAUUAAAUAAAAAUGGUGCCAGAGGGUAAACAACUUUUACAGUGCUCCUCCAAGUCAUUUUAUGUGCCCUGCAUCUCAUUCACGCUCGGAGCAGGAGAACAAGAGUCACAAAUUGUAGUUUCCACUUCUUGGUUAAGCUCUCUGCAUCCUCUAAAGCAGUGGUCACCAACCAUGAUCUGUGGACCACUGGUGGUCCGCAGAAAAAUUAUUUGCAUGUUUUAU